UAGAACUGUUCUUUCAGCAGCAGAUUAUAGCAGAAGCCGAGAAAAAUCCGGAGGUGUCGCUGAAAAGGUCAACCUUGGUUAGCGGCUAGGAGGCACACGCUCAAGUCUACAAGCGAGGCGCGUGUGCUGGUGUUGCGUCCUGGUGUGAUCUGCCUGUCAGUUCAUUUUUUUCUUUUCUUUUUCCCCCCCCAUCUCUUUUGAUUCUCACAUACUUAUCAAUAUUAAAGAAUGCAGUUAGAGAGCAUUCUCCCCAGCGCAUCUAUCAAUCUCCCCAAGACUUUUUACAACCUCUCCUCGUCAGAAAGCACGUCCAACAGCCCGGGGUCAACGCAGAUCGACUUUCAGGAGGUCGAGCAGGCGGAAUCCGCACAAAAUAGCGGCAACAAGAAAUAUCUAAGCAACGGGGGAAACGCGAUGAUGGGAGAGGGAGAGAGUGACAACUUUGCCGGGACUAAAAGCGCUCCAGACGUCAGAAAAACUUCCCCCGUUAUCGGCGACGACGACCUCUCCAGCAGCCGCCGUUACAAUAUCGACGAACUUGGCAGUGAUCGAUAUUUCAUCUCUUCGACACAACCGAGCUCCGACGUGACAAAUCCAUGUUCUCUCUUUCCAUACGGAGGACAGACCGGGACGGUGUAUAGUGCCUCUAACGGGUCCAGGUACUCGACCUCUCUUCAUUACGGUUCGGUUCUGCCGCCGACUGGUUUCUCGUCCGCUGUCUGUGCUGGCCGGAGCCAGUUUGCCCCCGGGUACCAGUUUGGACAGGGUCCGGGGUGUCUUUACCCCUCGUAUCCGGGGGCAGGAGCUGCUAUAGGCUCCAUGUCCAUGCCGGGGUCUGCUGCCGGCGCCAGGGCUCAGGUCUAUCUCUGUAAUCGACCGCUGUGGCUGAAGUUCCACCGCCAUCAGACGGAGAUGAUCAUCACCAAACAGGGCAGGCGAAUGUUUCCGUUCCUGAGUUUCAACAUAACCGGACUCAACCUCACCGCGCAUUAUAACGUGUUCGUGGAGAUCGUUCUCGCGGACCCGAACCACUGGCGAUUUCAAGGCGGAAAAUGGGUGACGUGCGGGAAAGCGGACAACAACAUGCAAGGCAACAAGAUGUAUGUACAUCCGGAAUCGCCGAAUACGGGCGCGCACUGGAUGCGACAAGAGAUAUCCUUCAGCAAGCUGAAACUCACAAACAACAAAGGCGCCAACAACAAUAAUACGCAGAUGAUCGUCCUGCAGUCUCUGCAUAAGUACCAGCCGAGGCUCCAUAUUGUCGAGGUGAGCGAGGACGGUGUGGAGGACAUGAGCAGUGAAGCCAAGACCCAGACCUUCACUUUCCCUGAAAACCAGUUCAUCGCGGUCACUGCCUACCAGAACACGGACAUUACACAGCUGAAGAUUGACCAUAACCCUUUUGCCAAGGGCUUCAGAGAUAAUUAUGAUUCGAUGUACACUGCUCCAGAGAGUGACAGACUGACCCCAUCCCCGACAGACUCCCCACGCUCACACCAGAUCGUGCCGGGUGCGCGUUAUGCCAUGCAGCCUUUCUUCCAGGACCAGUUCGUCAACAGCCUUCCGCAGAACCACCGUCUGUACGGGGGUGGCGAGCGUGCCGUGCCCCAGACCAAUGGGUUGCUCUCCCCUCAAGCCGACGACCCCGCCUCCGCCGCCUCUGCCCAGCGCUGGUUCGUCGGCCCCGUCCAGCAGGGCGGCGCCCCGGCCAAGCUGGACCUUUCGUACGACAGCGACUACUCGGCCUCAGGCCUGCUGCCCUACGGCAUCAAACCGCUGCCCCUGCAGAGCCCCCACGCGCUGGGCUACUACCCCGACUCAGCAGCCUUUGCCUCCAUGGCCGCGGCGGGCUGGGGUGGUGGCCGCGGCUCUUACCAGAGGAAGAUGGCCACGGGCCUGCCCUGGUCGCCCAGGCCCAGUCCUCCCGCCUUCCCCGAUGACCCCCUGGCUCCCAAGGACAAGCUGCAGGAAGAGGGCUCGACGGGCGCAGCGGGCACCAGCGGCGCCUGGGCCCUGGAUACGCCACCUGGGCUGAAGCCUGUGGAGGCGGGCGACACUGCGGCCUACUCCAUCACCUGCAAGAGACGCCGUCUGUCUCCCGGAGGCUCCAGCACGGACGCCUCCCCCACUAUAAAAUGCGAGGACCUGAGUGCAGAGGAUUAUGGGAAAGAGCAGCACAAAGGCCUGGGCUACUAUGCCUUCUACACCAGCCCCUAAACUAACCUUCUGCUGAGACUCGCGCGCUCUCUUGCCCUCUCUCUUGAGCCCUUCUUUAUGUUAAAGUGCUUUGUCCAGAUUGAGUUUUUAAAAAAAAAAAAAAUUUUAUUUAAAAUGUUUUUUAACUGCAGGUGCCAAAGCCUUGUGCUCCUCUGGUGUUUCUUCAUUUUUGCUGAUUUGUGAAAGAUGGUGGAAUUGGGGGUUUUCUUUUAUCUUUUUAAAGCA